CGCAUAGUGCCCACACUAAGCUCUCACUCACACAGAUCAAUAUGUCGUCCAACUCCAACAACAUCUUCAAUGCUGUCUCCAUCUUUGAUGGAAAGCACUGGCUUGUCUGGUCCGGAACUAUGGAGUCCUAUCUGGAGCAUCAGGGGAUCUCAUACGUGCUGACCGAGACCGCGCCAACCGAAGUCAAGGCUACGGAUGGCUCUGUGACCAACGCAUCGGAGAUCAAGCAAUGGAAGCAUGAUGAU